UCACCUGUUUUCAAAAUUUCCAGUUUUAGAUUCCGCCGUGACAAAAUCGCAAACCUUUUUUUUAUAAAUACAAAAUAAAAUAACAAAACAGCCGUGGUUUGGAAACGGCCUGGGGAAGGGCGUCGCGUGGUCCGGUUUACGCCGUAUGAUAGGAAAAAGGCCGAGUGGGGGCCCGUCGUGGGUUCGUCCAGUUUCGAGUAAACCGCCCUCCGAGGAGGAGAGGAUCCGUAGCAGUGCCGUGUCCUGACGAAUUCGACCUUAUUUUUACCACGAUAUUGUCAAAUAAUGUUAGGCUUCGUUAAGAAACUAUUGCCUUGGCACAAACAGACAACCGUGGGUCUUUUAAAGCCGACAAAACUUUCCAAACAGAUCGGGAGGAUGGUGGUUCUAGUUGGGGGCACGCCCCUGGAGGAGCCCCUCCCCGACGCCAGGACCCUCCAUCACCUCCAUCCGAUGUUCAGGGAGACGGCCAACCAGCUCAUCAGCAUCCCGUCCAAAGUGGUCGGCCCCAUCGGACUCCUGUACGUCAUGCAGAGGGAGAUGGCUGUCACCGUACCUCACGACAAAAAUGUGAAUAUCAUCGGAUCUGAUGACUUCACUACGUGCAUAGUAGUCGUCCUCAGGCAUACUGGAAGUGGAGCAGUAGGGCUGGCCCAUUGUGAUGGAGCUGGAAUCGAAGAAGGCGUACUCUCGUUGGUAUCGAGGGUACAAGAGCUCGCGAUGGGAUACCCGGAAGGCCGGCUCCAGCUCCAGUUUGUUGGCGGCUACUCAGACCCACACCACUUUUCUGAGGAGCUCUUCUACACUUUAAUCCACGCUUUUCACAAACAGCCCGUCGAAGUCGAACUCACAAACGUCUGCGUUGGCGAGCUCAACACGACGGUCCGGAGCGGGAUACACUGGCCGAUAAUAUACGGGAUCGCUGUCAACGUCAAAACUGGCGAAGUCUUCCCAGCGACUUUCCCGGACAAAGGCCCUGAAUGUGCGUUAAGAGGCGCUAGGCAUAUUACAGGGGGUCAACAGGUACAACAAAUAUUAGACGUAUAUGACUGCAGCCUUGGUCUUCUUAGGAUAGGUCCAUUCAAUUACCACCCGCUGAGGGGCGCUGAGCUUUGGCUAGCUCAGCCUGAUGAAUUCAUCCUCCAGCACUUGUCGACAUCGCCCGACAUCGAGCCUCCCAAUUUCGUCAUGCAGAUACGUGCGGUUCUGAAGUACAUACACGAACAUCCAUUCCCAGCAGUGACCGUAUUCAGGGACUCGAGGCCCCUCUAUUUCCGAAGGGACGAACGAUCUGGCGUUUGGAUACCGUUCAACUACUGACUGAAGGGGCAGAAAGGGCCGAAGCUCUUUUACGAUUAUUGGAAAAUCAAAACAAUCUUCUCAACCGGUUCAAAACUUAUGUUUUAUCGACUCCGUGAAGCACUUUCUUGAACUGUGAUUUUGUUUAUUUUUUUUAACUUUCCCUUUCGCUUUCUUUUAAGCCUAAGCUUUUUUAUUAUAUAUGAAAAUAAUAAGGAAAAACAUGACAUUUUUACUGUUUAUUUUUAAGAAUCUCUUUUUAUUUUUUAAACAAAUGAACUUAGUUCCUUGUUAUUUAAAGGAUUUUCUUUUUUGUUUUUCACUGAUUGAAUCAAAACUUUUCCAUUUCCUUUGAAAUUUAAAACUUCAUAGAUUAUUGUAUAAAAGUUGUAAAUAAAUAAACCCGGUGAAAAAAAAAUUGUAUGCUUAUGCAGCCUAGAAUAGAAAAUUGAUUUAUUAUUGUUUGUUUUUAACUUUUAAAACUACGUUUCAGGACACUCAGUGCCAUCUUGUUUAAAGUUUUUAAAAUAAAGUGUGCCAUUUUUUUUUCAGAUUCGAUUUGUCCUUUAAUGAUUUAUUAUUAUUAUUCUUUUUCUUUUUAUCUUUUGUUUCGCUCUGUAGCCAUUGAAAAAUAAAACGGCACUGUGAUAAAGUAGUAAAACUUAUAAAAACGUACAAUCUAGUACAAAUCAAAUGGCAAUUAGGUGCUGCAAGGUCAAGGUAUAAUAGUUUUUUAUAAUUGAUAAUAUUGUAAUAUAUUGGGAGAAAGUUUAUAUUUUUUAUUGUGUGUGUGAGUGUGUGUAAUUUGGAUGCAUCACAUCUCACCCUUUAUAAAUAGAGGUUAUUUUAAUCAAAGCUUCAGGCUUUUCAUGAUUGUUACGGAUUUUUUUUUUUUUUCUGUUAUAGACUUGUUAUAAAUACGGUGUUGCCAGAUCUUUUAUGAUGUUUAUGUUAUGAUAAACGUUAAUUUUUUAAAAAAUUAUAAAAAAUAAAUAAAGAUUAUUUCUGUAGGAA